CUAAAGUGACGUUUCCACUACACUACACCCUAUCUCCACAUUUGCAAGUUUGGUUAUGCACUUCUGAAAUUUCCUGGUGUUUCUGAUCCUGACAACAGGCUGAAGAUAUCGCAUUUUCUGAUUUUUGUUCUUUAGUUAGAGAACAUUUCAGUUACAAUUAAGAUCAAUAACGUUCAAGUGAUAUCGUAUUUUAUAUUGUCCACACAUCAAACCGCUUUUCAAGGCCAAGAAUAAUGUGUAGUUUCUGAAAGUGAAAACAUUUAACAAUCAGUGCUUUACAAACAUUCAAUGUAUGCCUAGGCCUAGAUGCAAUGAGCUUAUUCUGUAAAUGUGUAUAAGUCACAGGUAGAACUAUAAUUUAAUUUAAACUGCAUGUUUUAUUUAGGAACUGCUGAGACUGCAAUGUCCAUCAAGAAAAUGCCCAACAACAAACAUAACAGUGCUACAUCCCGAUUAAAACAAGAUUAUAUGCGACUGAAGAGAGAUCCUGUACCAUAUGUGGUGGCUGAACCUCUUCCCUCCAACAUCUUACAAUGGCACUACGUGGUGACGGGACCAGAGAACACACCGUACGAAGGUGGCAUUUACCAUGGAAAGCUGGUUUUCCCACGGGAGUUCCCAUUCAAACCUCCAUCCAUCUACAUGAUAACUCCCAAUGGCAGGUUCAAGACAAACACUAGGCUAUGUCUGUCCAUCAGUGACUUCCAUCCGGACACAUGGAACCCAGCUUGGAGUGUCUCUACCAUCCUUACCGGACUUCUCAGUUUCAUGACAGAUAGAAGUCCGACUCUUGGCAGUAUUGAAGCCAGCGAGUACGAGAGGAGAAACCUGGCCGUUCAGAGUCUUGCGUUCAACCUGCAGGACACACAGUUCUGUGAACUAUUCCCUGAUCUUGUAGAUACGAUAAAGACAGAACUGGAAAGACGUAAGCAAGCUCAACAGAACUCUAGGAAUAGUGAUUCUGAGAACCACUGGAACGGAGACCAGGCGAGAAUAUUGGACGAUAACUUCGGACCCAACGACCAGGCCCAGAACCCUUUACAGAGUGUCUUUGCCAACAUCUGCAUCUUCAUUGGUUUUGCCGCUUUCGCGUACACAGUCAAAUACGUCCUCCGUAGUAUUAGUACUGAAUAAUCAAUCUGAGCUAAAUGUUUUGUUGAACGUGUUUUUCUUUCGGCUAAAAUAAAGAACAAUGUAUCAAUAGAAAAAUAA